AUGUAUCGGACAGUAGGAUUUGGCACCCAGAGCAGAAGUUUGAAACCAUGGAUGAUUGCCCUUCUCAUUGUGUUAUUACUGACAGUGGUGGCAGUGACCAUUGGUAUUCUGGCCCACUUGUUAGUCUCUGGACAGAAAACAGAGUAUUAUCAUGGAACAUUUAAAAUUUCAGAUCUACAAGUCAAUAGGAAUUCUAGACAAAACAAUACAUACAACCUUAAGGACUUAAAGGAGAUGAGUGAGAAUUUGGUGGAUGAGAUAUUUAUAGAUUCGGCCUUGAACAAGCAUUAUAUCAAGAACCAAGUAGUGAGACUGACGCCAGAGGAAGAUGGUGUGAAAGUAGAUAUCAUUAUGAUAUUCCAGUUCCCCUCUUCUGAGCAAAGAGCCAUGAUAAAGGAGAAAAUCCAUAGCAUCUUAAAUCAGAAGAUAAGGACCACAAGAGCCUUGUCAAUAAAUGCCUCCUCAGUUCAAGUUAAUGCAAUGAGCUCAUCAACAGGAAAGCUAACUGUCCAAGCAUGUUGUGGUAAACGAGUUGUUCCAUUAAUAGUCAACAGAAUAAUGUCUGGAGACAUUGCAGCCAAGGCUGCCUGGCCAUGGCAAGCUUCCCUUCAGCGAAAUAACAUACAUCAGUGUGGGGCCACCUUGAUUAGUAAUACAUGGCUCAUCACCGCAGCACACUGCUUUAAGAAUAAUGCAAAUCCACAUCAAUGGACUGUUAGUUUUGGAACAACAAUCAACCCUCCAUUAAUGAAAAGAAAUAUCAGAAGAAUUAUUGUCCAUGAGAGAUAUCACUCCCCAGCAAGAGAGUAUGACAUUGCUGUUGUACAGUUCUCUCCCAAGGUCACCUUUACUAAUGACAUCCGCCGGGUUUGUUUGCCAGAAGCCUCUGCAUCCUUCCAACCCAAUUCAACUGUUUAUAUCACAGGAUUUGGAGCACUUUUCUACGGUGGGGAAUCCCAAAAUAAUCUUCGAGAAGCCAGACUGAAAAUCAUAAGUGAUGAUGUGUGCAAACAACCACACAUAUAUGGCCAUGAUAUAAAAUUUGGAAUGUUUUGUGCUGGAUAUCUGGAAGGAAUUUAUGAUGCCUGCAGGGGUGAUUCUGGGGGACCCUUAGUUAUAAAGGAUUUUAAAGACACCUGGUAUCUCAUUGGAAUCGUGAGCUGGGGAGAUAACUGUGGUCAAAAGAACAAACCUGGAGUCUACACAGAAGUGGCUUAUUACCGAAACUGGAUCACUUCAAAAACAGGCCUCUAAUUCUCUAUAAAAGUUAAAUGUUGACAGCUUUAAGCAAGCUAUACGUGUUGAGAAUUUAAAUGUUUAGUAAAUACAGUACAAUGAAGUGAAAUUAAAUGACGUGAUUUAUUUUAAAAUCACUUUAAUCAACCCAUAGUCAAUUUAUAAGGGAUUUAAAUCCUUAUAAAUUUGUAAAGUAGUGGGUCAAUUUAUCCUGGCU